UCUCCAGACUGAGCAUUCAGCGCAGCGAGCAGUAUACGAGAGUCGGAAGAGGAGGAGAAAUUAGAAAAGCAGGAAAUCGAGCGAAAAUGCCGAUCCCUCGACCAGAUCUGCAAGGAGACCGCGUCAUUGCCCACGUCGACAUGGAUUGCUUCUAUGUCCAAGUGGAGCAAAGAAAGCAGCCCAAAUUAAGGGGCUUGCCCACUGCUGUAGUGCAGUAUAAUGAUUGGAAAGGAGGGGCUUUGAUUGCUGUAAGCUAUGAAGCUCGAAAAUUUGGGGUGAAACGUUCGAUGCGAGGAGCUGAGGCUGAAAUGGUUUGCCCUGGUAUACAGUUGGUUCAGGUUCCCGUUGCACGUGGUAAAGCCGACCUGAAUGGGUAUCGAAGUGCUGGUUCUGAGGUAGUCUCAAUACUGUCAACGAAAGGAAGGUGUGAGCGUGCAUCGAUCGAUGAGGUUUAUCUUGACUUGACUGAUGCCGCAGAAUCAAUGCUAUCUGAAGCUCCUCUUGAGGAACUAGAAAACUUUGAUGAAGAGGCCCUGAAAUCACAUGUUCUUGGUCUGAGAGGGGAUGAAGAUCUGGAAAAGAAUGUCCGAGAGUGGUUUUUUGGAAGUGAUGCCAUCUAUCAGGAUAAAUUAUUAGCUUGUGGAGCCAUUAUAGUUGCACAAUUACGUGAUAAAGUUCUGAAGGAAACAGAGUUCACAUGUUCUGCUGGGAUUGCUCACAACAAGAUGUUGGCAAAACUUGCCAGUGGAAUGCACAAACCAGCACAGCAAACAAUUGUACCGUCAUCAGCAGUACGAGACCUUCUUGCUUCUUUGCCUGUAAAGAAAAUGAAACAGCUUGGAGGAAAACUUGGAAGCUCCUUACAGGAUGAUCUUGGGGUAAACACUGUUGGUGAUUUACUGAAAUUUUCUGAAGAGAAGCUUCAAGAACGAUACGGCUUUAACACAGGUACCUGGUUAUGGAAUACCGCUCGAGGUAUUAGUGGGGAUGAAGUCAAGGGCCGAGUUCUUCCUCAGAGCCAUGGCUGUGGAAAAACUUUUCCCGGACCAAAAGCAUUGAAGACUACUGCUGCUGUCGAGAGUUGGCUUAAUCAAUUAUGUGAGGAACUGAGCGAACGCAUUCAGCUAGACUUGGAUCAGAAUAAGAGAGUUGCACACACCCUGACCUUGCAUGCAAGGGCAUUUAAGACAGACGACAUGGGGCCGCACAAGAAAUUUCCAUCAAAGUCAUGCCCAUUGCGCUAUGGUGUAAAUAAAAUUCAAGAAGAUGCUAAAAAACUUUUUGAUACUGGUCUCCGUGAAUAUUUGGGCUCUCAUAACAAUGCAUGGAGAGUAACCUCUCUUUCCAUGUCUGCUAGCAAAAUACUGGAUACUCCUGGAACGUCUUCAAUUAUGAGAUUCCUUCAAGGGAAGAGUUUUCCCUCUGCUAUAUCAGAUGCAUCAUAUGAUGACAUCCAAGAUGAUGCUCCCUCAUCAUCCAUAGGAAGCAAAGAGAAUAUGUUACCAGAAUCCGACGAAGAUCAGCAAGCGUUCGCUCAUGAAAAAUCUGUCGAAGUGGAUCAUGUGCCCUCUCAAGCUAGAAAAAUUGAUGAUUUUUGCACGCAGAACCGAGAGCAUAAAGAUAAGGGAAAGGGUUCAAUUUUGAGAUUCUUUUCUGGCAUCAAUUCCUCCACAAAGCAAGUACCAAAUGGGAGCGAGAAACAUGAAGGCCUGGAUCUAAGAGACCACCAAAAAGAACCUUUGGUUGAUGAACACAGCAGUCUUGGCCGGAUUUCGAAUCAACAGAUGGAUUCUUCAUGGAAUCUCAAUGCCGAGGAUGUCGAUCCUUCUGUUCUUGAUGAGCUGCCUCUCGAAAUUCAGCGAGAAGUUCGAGGCUGGAUUCGCUCUUCCAAGCGUGCGAAAACUACCAAACUAGGCUCCAAUAUUUUUCAUUAUUUUUCAACAGAUGACAACUCUGGUUGAGAUUGAUGCAUAGCACUCAAAACAUCGUUAUUUACAAAAUGAGCGCAUAGGUCAUUUUUCUUAACCGACGAGUUGAUACGUUUAUGCACGCCACGGUCAAAUUAUUUGGAGUUUGGUAGAAAUGAAAACUAUGGGUUAGGAUUUUAUAAAACGAAUGAAAGAGGGUGUUAGUUUUGUAAAUAACAAAAUAUCGAGUGCUAUGUAUGUAAUUGCCCCUAAAGUCUAUUGGUUGGGAGUCCAGCAUUUAGUAUUCUACACAUAUUUUUAUUUUGAAGGAGUUAUGAGGAAGUUCUGAAGUUGGGAAAAUAUUUGCGUACAUAAGACGUACUCAAUGCU